AUGUUUCAGCUUUGGAAACUUGUUCUCUUGUGCGGCCUGCUUGCUGGGACCUCAGCAUCUCUCCUUGACAUUCGUGGAAAUGAUGUUCUGAGGAAGCUGGAAUCUGGCCUUGAGAGAGGACUUGACACCUUCGACAGUACACUUGAAACUAUCUUUCAGAAUUUGAAGACUGAAUUGGAAUCCAGGUGUUCAGAUGAGGUGGUGGAGACCCAGGAAACAGAGAAUUUGUUGGAACAACUCAUUUCUAGAAUUUUUCAAGUAGUGUACAGCCUUACAGGGGUGAGAAUCUGGAAUGUCCAAGUCGCAAAUAUCACAUUCGAAGCGACUUCUGACCACAGCGCUGAUGUGAAGAUCCCCAUCACUGCUGACGUCACCGUGAACCUGCCUCUGUUGGGUGAGAUUGUCAACCUGGACCUCAAGGUGGACCCCCAAACUACUGUCAGCAUUGAAAAUGACACUGAUACCGAGACUGGUGACUCCAAGGUGGUCGUGGGAGAAUGCACCAACAGCCCAGAAAGCAUCUCACUCACGGUGCUGCACAGCCGCUUUGGAUUGCUCAACAAUGUUGUGGACUUUGGAGUCAGCCUUGCGAGAAAUGUGGUGUCCUCUGUAGUGCAGGAUGAGCUGUGCCCACGAUUCCGCGAGCUCCUUGAAAGCCUGGAUGCAGAGUGUGUUAAGAAACUCAUCGGUGAACCUCAGGACACCCAAGAUGAAACUGGAGAGGGCAGUUGA